AUGCUGCGGCUGCCGCUGCCGGCGUGCUGCCCCGCCGCCAUGGACUGCGCGCGCGACCACGAGCUGCUGCUGCUGCGCGAGCACCACCGCCGCCUGCACCUGCUGGCCGCGCUCUCCGCCUCGCAGCGCCUCGUCGCCCUCUCGCAGUGGAGCUGUCUUCCCGUUGUGCCAAGAGCGGAAAGCCGACAACCAAAGCCAGAGAAGCCGCCAUACUCGUACAUCGCACUCAUAGCCAUGGCCAUCAGUUCUUCCCCGGGCCGAAAACUCACUUUGAGCGGCAUUUACCGCUUCAUCAUGGAGCGAUUUCCAUACUACCGGGACAACCGACAAGGCUGGCAGAACUCCAUCCGUCAUAAUUUAAGCCUAAACGACUGCUUCAUCAAGGUUCCACGCGACCGGGACAUGGAGGCGGGUGCAAGCAGUGGCAAAGGCAGCUACUGGACGCUGGACCCAGCGGCGGCCGACAUGUUCGAGCAAGGCAAUUAUCGCAGGAGGCGCACCAGGAGAUCCCGGUCUGCGGCGUCCAGUGCACACAAUGCCGCGGGCGAAUCACAGGCAAUCAACAGUCCCCACGACCAAUUGCAGAAGGAUGAAGCGAGCAGCCCCACCUCUGGCCAAUUCAGCAAAUCAGCGCUUUUCAGAAUUGAAAAUCUCAUAAGGAAAACAUCUUCUAUGUGACAACAACUAAUUCGUUGUGAAUGGGUGGUCGUGCCAAAGCUAAGCUGCCACAUGUUAUGGGGACGUGUACUGUAGCAGUGUACCGUGUAAAGGUGGACACACAUGCAAUUUCAGACUUCACAAGCGUACUUCUUAAUGUACUUGGUGCAAGCAUGCUUGAGUCGAUACAGGUAAUCUUACACAAUUAUCUGAACGCGUGCUUGAUAUUCCGUUAUGAAAAUUUGUGAAAGCUUGCCGACAAGCACAUGUUUGCACCCGGGAACCAGUUCUUUGUAGGCUUGUAGUCACAAACGUCAAUUGUGGGGCAUUAUUCGCAGCAGCAGCAGUAUCGUGUGGAAACAUAUGCAGAAAAGUUGCUGGAAGAAUUUAUUCGAAAGUGUAAAAUUCAGUUUAGUCUCCUGAGCACUAAUUCGAAAGCGAUAACAUAAGGAAAGAUACACCUAUACAAGCCAUGACUCCGGCAGCCUUACGUUUGAAAUCUUCAUAGGAUUUUCUGGUAACAAUAAUUGGUGACUGGUGGUGUUAUAGAUUCGUAAUUGUAUCCUCCUUUGUACUCGAAGGAGUUAUAGAACAGAGUCAGAUGCUUUUCUUUAUUAGUCCCUGGGUAAUUACGCCAGUCACGUGGAUAUAUUUUCAACUCAUA